UAAAUUUAGUGUUCUUCUUCAAGCUUCUCUCUUCAAGAUCACUUAACCUUUUAACAUCUCUCUCUCUCUCUUUUCAAGAUAAGAAGAACCAAACUCUUUGAAGUUAUUUAUGUUCAUUCACUAAACAAAAACAACAGCAAAGAGAAUGAAGGAGACAAUACGGUGUUGCAUCGCAUGCAUUCUACCGUGUGGAGCUCUCGACGUGAUCAGAAUCGUUCAUUCAAACGGACACGUGGAAGAGAUCAGUGGCACCAUCACGGCCAGCGAAGUCAUGAAGGCUCACCCUAAGCACGUACUCAAGAAACCUUCUCCUCCACCGUCGUCCGAUCACGACGAGGGUGACGUCAUCUCAGCCACAAAGAUCGUCGUCGUACCUCCCGAAGCUGAGCUCCAACGUGGCAAGAUUUAUUUCCUCAUGCCCGCAGCUAAAUCUGAUAAAGGAAAGAUCCACCGGGGGGAUAAAACUAACGCAAACGCCGCGGCCGUCAAGAAGCGGUCACAGCAUAAUCGCCGUGAGGGUGGUGAUGAGAAGAAAGUUAAUAAAGAUAAAAGCAACGAGACUGAUUCGUUGAGCUCUGAUCGGUACUUGACGGAGAUAUUAUCGGAAAAAGUGGCGACGCAAAAAGAUCGGAGGAAGGGACGCGCCGGCGUCUGGAGACCGCACUUAGAAAGCAUAUCGGAGAUCAUAAGUGAAGAUUAACAAAACGUCGUCGUUUUUGUUUAAUAGUUAACUUUUUUUUAUCCACCAUCAUUUUCAUUUUAAACAAUCGUCAGAUGUUCAUUUCAAUGAAAAUAUUCAAGAGACAAAAAAAAAAAAAAGAUACUUACUUGGCAUCAAUUUCUUUAAUCAUUGUUUUAAUUUUUCUUUCAAAUCUAC